AUGGAUGACGCGGCGCCUCGAAACGACCAGCACGCUACCGCCGCGGACGUGUCGCGACAGGACGAAAGCACGGUUACCAGACUGGACGAGAGUGUGGUUACCAAACACGCCGUUGCGAGCGGGGAGCAACGGCGCGUGGUAUUCGAGAUUCGCGCGACGGACGGCGAGGCCCGCUUAGGAUUCAUCCGCGCGACGCGCGUUGGCGAGGCGGGGAGAGGAGGGGAUGAGAAGGCAGGCAUGCAGGGCGCUGAGGAGGGGCCAGGAGUGCAGAGCGGUGGUGAGUGGUUCGAAGUGGCGACACCCGGCCUGCUGGCGUACACGCGGCGGGGACUGCCGGUGCAUCUGACGCCGGACGUGGCUCAGUCGCUGGGGUUCGCCGGUCUCGGCAGCCCCGCCCACCAGACCGUUGCCGCCCACAGCCGUGCACGCGCCCCCACCCCCACCGCCGCCGGGCUGCACGGCUUCCUGGCGCUGCCGCCCGCCACGCUCAUGCUCGCCUCGCCACGCGACGCGCUGCUCUUCCCGGGCGGCCAGCAGGGCAGCAAGGCCUCGGCACGGCCUGCCACGUGGUUUGACACGCCCAGCGGCCGCCGGCAGUGGUCACACCCCCCUGGGUGCAUCUUCCCUGCUCGCUCCCACCCACCUUCACUACCCCACUCACCCUUGCACGCACCACCUCUGACCCUACCUGCCACUCAUGCUUCCACCCUCCUUUGCCUGCACGCAUCACCACUGGCGCCCCACAUCACCACUGGCGCCCCACAUCACCACUGGCGCCCCACAUCACCACUGGCGCCCCACAUCACAACCAUGCCCGCCAUGAGCGCCCCACAUCACAACCAUGCCCGCCACCCUGUGCUGCCCUCCUCACACACGCAGGUCACUCCAGAAGACCACAGUGCCAUCGUGGCAUCUCUGCUGCCACAUGUCGCCAUCCCAUUGCACGAUGCACCGCCCGCCACGUCAUCACUGAAUCGUCACCGAGUGGCUGUGCAGCGAUCGCUGACGUGGCUGGAUGAGGAGCUGCGAUUGGCUGAAGAAAGAGGGGGAACGAAAACAGUGAGUGGGAAUGCGAAGCCAGCAGCACAGCGCAUGGAUGCCACGCUGUGCCACUUCAUCUCAGCGCUGCUAGGAGCGGUGGUGGGGGGCCCGUUUGAGGAGGAGAGGAGGCGGUCGGCCCGCGAGACUGCUGCGAGGACAGGCCUGGCAGGGUACCACGUGGCGGGGCUGGGCCUGGGGGAGGCACUGCCGCACAGGGACGCGCUGCUCGCCGCUGCUCUCUCGGAGCUUCCACCCGAGGCAAUGAGACACACGGCAGGGCUCAACACACCAGAGGAGGUGGUGCACGCGGUGGGCAGGGGCGUCGACCUCUUUGACUGCACGUACCCCCACGACCUCACCCUCCUCGGCCUCGCCUCCACGCUGCCUCUCCACCCGCCCUGGUGGCCGCACACCGUGCCGCAGGGGGAGGGGGAGGGGGAGGGGGAGGGGGAGGGAGAGGGAGAGGGGAAAGAGGAGCGGGAUGAUGCUUGCGCUCGUGCUGCUGGACAUGUGAGUGGCUGUGCUGCUGGACAUGUGAGUGGCUGUGCUGCUGGACAUGUGAGUGGCUGUGCUGCUGGACAUGUGAGUGGCUGUGCUGCUGGACAUGUGAGUGGCUGUGCUGCUGGACAUGUGAGUGGCUGUGCUGCUGGACAUGUGAGUGGCUGUGCUGCUGGACAUGUGAGUGGCUGUGCUGCUGGACAUGUGAGUGGCUGUGCUGCUGGACAUGUGAGUGGCUCUGCUGCUGGACAUGUGAGUGGCUGUGCUGCUGGACAUGUGAGUGGCUGUGCUGCUGGACAUGUGAGUGGCUGUGCUGCUGGACAUGUGAGUGGCUGUGCUGCUGGACAUGUGAGUGGCUGUGCUGCUGGACAUGUGAGUGCCUGUGCUGCUGGACAUGUGAGUGCCUGUGCUGCUGGACAUGUGAGUGCCUGUGCUGCUGCUGGUGUGGUUCGCUGGGCUGCUCUGUCGCAAGCCGACCAGCUGCCACCGUGUUGGGCACGCCGCUUUGCUGGGCACGAGUGUGGGGUGUGCCGUGUGGGGUGUGCCGCGUGGAAGUGA